AUGGCGUUGUUGCAGAAUAACACUGACAAUAUUAUUUCGGCUGAAAACGAUCGGAUGGAAAGCGUAGAUGAUAUGGAAAAUGCAAAGAAAUCUGUGGAGGCUGCGGAGGCGAAAGGAGAUGCAAAAGAAAUCGCAGACAACUCGGAGCAAGCAGUAGAGAAACCGAAUGAGCGAAACGAAGCCGCCGAAGAGAAUGCAAUGGACACCAGUGAAAAGACAUCACAGUCAAGCGCAUCGACAAAGCAACCUUCAAAAGAAGAAAAAGCAGAUGAUGAACUGCCCCAGUCAACGCCCGGCAAAAAAGACAGUGCGGAUGAAGCAGAGGAGGAAGAGGAAGAUGAUGAUGGGGAAGAUGAACACGAGUCGAAGAAAGGAUUGUACGACCUUCCGCUUGAGGUCGAGGGUAAGCGCGAAAGGCACAAGGUGGAGAGGAUCGCUAUCGCUACUCCAACACCGAAGAAAGCAGCUACUACGAUACAGAUGGGAGACGGUGUGCCUUUGGGAGAGAUCGCAUAUAGU